UUACUCCUAUCACUGGGCGUCGCUGUGAUCCAAUGUGCUGAGUCGAAAACAACAUCCGAGUUACCUUUGCCUCCUUUCCGACUGCCCAACGUGCAAGAGGAGCACCAAGAUGUCAGCCGCCGACGUAAACGAUUUUAUCCGGCAAAACCGUGCCGUUGCCAACCAGGUGGAAACAUUCCGGGGGCACUGGGAGAGCGACAAGCACUGGGUGGCCAGGAGGGAUUUUAUACUGCGGAAUAUGAGCGAAUUUGAGGGCGAGCAGCAGAUGGACCAGCUGCUUUCGCUGUCGAUGGUGUGGGCCAACAAUGUUUUUCUUGGCUGCCGGUAUAGCACGGAGCUCCUUGACAAAGUAAAAGAGAUGGCCGAGGGCAUCGAGGUGGAGGACGCACCCGUCUUCAAGACAAGAGACGAGAUAAUGAAGCAGCAGCAGGGCAGAUGAUGGAUUCUUCUUCUUGUGGUCUGGACUGCAUGUGUGAUAAGUUCAUGUGCUUUUACAUUUUUUUUUUUAAGUAUAUGAGAUCAACAGUGUGCGUAUUUCAUUGUGUACUUUUUAAUAAAUGAUAACUUGUAAGACUGACAUUUUUGUAGUCGUACUAAUACAACUUCAUAACACCAGACUACAAUUGGAACAAAUGGGACCUCUAAAAAAAGAUUUGUUGCUCAAAGCAUCCACUUUCUAUAGUUUGUGUCCUGACGAAGUAUAAAAGGGACUUUAAACUCACUUAACCACAAGAGAGCAUCGAGCAGAUGCAUCCAUGAUGAGACGAAUGUCUGAAAAAAUGUGUUUUAUUUUUUAUACAGCAUAUUGUUAUAAGUAUACACUUUCCUUUGACAAAUGUAACAUGUCCCUCCUGCUCAGUCGGAACAAAUCCUACAUACAUGACGCCACAACGGCAGUCUCCUACUUUAGUUUUUGUCGCCAUUUCCCAGCCUUUUUCAUUUGGAUACAGAGUUAAAAGUCUUUCCGUCCUUUUACAUCCGACAUGGAUGUCAGAGGGGAAAAAAUUGGAUUACAAACUUAGCCUUUUUGUCCUCCACUGCUCCUCUUCGGGAAAACCUCAGUCAUUGUGAGACUCAUCUUAAAAUAACAGGUUGUUCUUUAGAGAUUCAAAAACAAAGACUAUCCAAUCAAAAGGCUUUAAAAAAUACAUUAGGGAUGAGGGGAAAAAAAUUAAAAAGAUGAAAGAUUUUGGUCAUGAAAACUGCCAUUUCCAAACAAACCAAGCAGCAGCAGCACACUUACAGCGUAUCAAACUAAACAAAAACCCCACAAAGAUAUAUUACAAGUUCUGUUAGCAAUAACUUAUUUCACAACAUGCAAUUACAAAAAAAAAAGUCAAAAGAAAAAAAACGAUUCCACCUCGCUCCCUUAACGUAAUGUCCUUUGUAUUUUUUCACGUUUUUUCUUGUAGGGUGGCACUUGUUGAGUUCUUGUGAUAUGCGCAUCUCCACACGUGCACGCGCGCACACAAACACACGCGAGGUAAAAUGAACGAGUGGGAGGAAGUGGAAAUUUGGGUUGAAGUCUCACACGUCUACCCAGCUCUGCUCCACUAUGGCCGUCACUCGCUUCUCGUACUCGCGCUUAUUCUCCUGGUAGAGCUGCGCUGCCUGGCUGUUGGCUGGGCUGUUUGGGUUGGGCUCGUCCAGCAACGACUUUAGAAAAAAAAAAAGAUCAUAAUUCUGUGCCCGCCGUCAAUGGACACCAACGAAAUGGAAUGGUCACAGACCUGGAUGGAGGUGAGUAUGGACGAAACGUCAUAAGUAGGGCUCCAGCGGUUCUGGAGGAUGUCUAAACAUAUACUGCCAUCAGCAUACACUGUGGGAACAAAUUCAUACAAUUAUUUCACUACUAUGAGAACCUAGUUUUCAAUUACAGUACUAUAAGUAAUACAACUAAAAGAAAAUUACAUUUGUGAUUUCAUAAAAUUCUAGAAUCGUCUCAGUAGUGCUGUGCCUAUGGAAAAUAUAUACAGGUAUAUGUCACGAUACAUUUUUUCAGGGGCAGGUAGUCCCCGGGUUAGGAACGAGUUCCGUUCCUAAGCUGACGACAUACCAGAAUUUCCACACAAGUUGCAAAUAACCCUUUAAUAUGCACCCAAAUCUAUCCGAAAACAUUUAUUAUGCCUUCACUGUACAGUCUUCGCCAAGAUGUUGGAGCUAAGUCCUAGCUAGACAGCGAGCCAAGCUCUGAAAUGACGAUGUCAGGCGUCCGUGUGGUUUUCUGAUUUUAUUCUGCUGGAAAUGACAUCGAUACUUUCAGAAUGCUAACUAAAAUUAAAAUGAAAUGAUAUAAGUUUAAUCUUCAAGAACAGCAAUUCAAGUUUGCAUUUAUAACCAGCUGAUCCAACAAUAACAAUCCACACAAACAAGAGAGAUUACAGUUGCAAGCCUGUGCGCACAUUUGUGCUUGUGAAGCAUCCACAGAUGCAACACCUGUAUAUAACAUUUUUUGUACUGUUCAUUGUGUGUUUUCAAUUGUGAUUGAACACUUGAGGCAAGUUUAUGUUAUUGUUUUUGAUGACGUGUGGACGGUAACUGAUACAUGCUAAUUGUUUGUGUGGAUUGUUAUAGCUCUAUCAGCAGCUGGAAGACUUAGCUCCAACAUCUUGGAAAGGACAGUACAAUGACGUGUAAUACAUGUUUUUGAAUAGUUACAUAGCAAUUUAGGGGUACUUAAAGGGUUGGUUCCGUAUUACACGGAAAUUCGGAUUACGUCGCCAUGUAGGAACUGAACUUGUUCGUAACCCAGGGACGACCUUUAUAUAUUUUUCAAAACCUUAUAUGUUGAGGGUCAAUAUUACCAUUAGGAUGAAACAUUCUGGAGACGAAGCGAACCGUAGGAGGCUUGUUCGGGUACUCCUCGGAAAACUCAAUAAGAAGCUUAAACGUUCCUGCACAAAUAAUAACAAAUACUCUAUUGAUACAAUUGUAACUCAUUGGCUGCCAUUGACUGUGACAGACGUCCGAUCCAUUCUGACAGGGAGUUCUGGCAGUGCUUGUUUUUUAAUCUUUAAAGAACAAUCUGUUAUUUUAGGGUAAUUCUCAAAAUGACCACUGGCACAAAAAAAAAAAAAAAAAAAUUGAGGAACUCACCAUCUUCAAAUGGCGUGCCGACGGGCCUGUAACGACAAAAGGAAUCCGCAAGAACUAUUUAUUAUUACAAGUCCGGGGUUGCCGGGCGGCUGGAAUAAAAACAAGCGUAAAGAACAUAGGACAAAAGCGCAACUCACCCAAAAAUAACAGCAUUCCAGAGCAUGAUAUUGUUCUCCGAAGGCGCUCCACUCACACCGGUAGGGGGGUCCUCUUGAAGUCUGCAUAAGACAAGCAAAAAGACGGGAAGUAUUAAAAUGUCUCAAACAAUUUAAGUUUAUCAUUAAUAGACAUCCAAUUCAGUUGAACUGGGAGGGCUGCAAAUGGCUUGGACGUCUAUCGCUGUCAAUGGCUGCUAAUGAAUUAACAAAUAUACAUAAAGCGUUGGAUGAAUGCAUAAGUACAACCCCUAGCAAAAAGUAUAUAAUCAGGGGCCCAAUUAAGGAAAGAAAAUUGACUGGGUGUGUCUAUUUUCUACUCAAAAUGGAGUGAUUCCAUAUUUUUUUCUUCAGAAUGGAGUGAUUCUAUAUUUCCCUGCACUUGCUCUAUAAAGGUAACAUUUACUGACCACCACAAUGUUUUUUAUUCAUUUCUUUGUGUUUCUGAAUGCCAAGGAGUUGCACUUUUGAACUAAUUCAUUAUUUUUUCAAGCUUUUUAUCAGAGUUUGUUUUACAUAAUAAAAUGUAUGAGCGAGUGCUCGUCUGAGACUGGUGAUUCCAUACUUUUUGCUAGGAGUUGUACAUUAAGAAAUAGUAACUAUUUGUAAAAUAUAUAUAGAAGACAAUAUUAUAAAAUACAGCUAAAAAUUAGAGUCUUGUCAUAAAAAAAAAAAAAAAUCUACACCAAGAAGAUAAAAACUUUAAAAAUUCCUCCUUUUGCACACGGUUGUGUUUUUCUAUCUAAGAAAAGUUAUAUCCUUAGUAAGUUAUUUUUUCAUUCAACCAUGAAAAAAGUAGUUCUAAGGGCCAAAACACACGGGAGGUGACGUUGCUUGGGUUCAAUACAUUUUCUACAGAACGAGUGCAAAGAGGCUAAAAUGGGCCACCCUCUUGUGGCAAAGCGACACGCGAUGUCAAUCAGCAAAACAUUUAUUGAUCGAAAAAUGACCGAAGACUCAAGGACACUGGGCAACCCGCAAAUUGACAUCCACACUUUGUCAACAUUACAUAUAUGUGGUUUCUUUCUUACAAUACUGUCAAGUGUAUGUUUUUCUUUGUAUCUAUAAUUGUAGGUUUAAUAAUAAAAAAAUAACAAAAUAAAAAUACUUUGUCAACAUUAGCAAAAUGAACCGGAAAAAUGGGAUGAGACAAGACAAGAGUAGGGAAAAAUAACUGGUCUACCAAAAUGUGCUAUACUGCCAAAACGUCCUACAAGAGGUGAAUUUGACACCCAAAGUACUACUGUGCGCUUUCAGCUUGUUUUGUUUAGAUGCAUACAGACAGAAUAUACUAGAAUGCCUUAAGAAAAUACAUAAAUGUACUAAUAUCAAAUAAGGGUGGUUUAAAUAUGCUACAUGACUAAUGUGGUCAACAGAUCAACAAUCUGCUUCAACGCUAUAACAAGAAGACAAUGCUUAAAAGUAUGAGAGGGAAACGCAUGCAAAAAGUAUUCUGAGGCAAUGAAAAGAUAAGAAGAUUUGUAUUUUUAUUGAUUCUUUUAAGUACUCGCCACUUAACUGAUAAGCGCAUGUAUUGGUUGUCUCGCCGCGUAGAAGGAAUUGCAGUAACCUGGUAGUAUUCGUCGAGUGACAGUGACAAUUUGAGGUGGGAAUCUUUGGGCACCAAACGAUUCGAUUACGAUUCAGAGGCUACAAUUCGAUUAUAAAUAGCUUAUUGAUGACACCCACCAACCCCCCAAACUAUUAGUUGCUUUUAAGGUUUCGUACAUUAGUUACAAAAAUUGUACAAAAAGCCUCUCAGGCUUAAAUAAACGACUAUUUCAGCAUCAAGUUAACAUUUCAAAACAGUAAAAUAUUCAAGUUCAAUGUUGUGAAUCAACUGUUAAAGUUGUUAAAAUUGCUCCCGUUAUUCCAUGAUUCCCUUCUGUCUACUUUCGACAUGUUAAAGUUUUAAAGUCGUUUUAAAGAUAGAUUCAAGUCAAGAUUUUGUCGAUUUAGGAGUGUUUUAGAUCAAAAGUUAAUUAGGUUCACUUAGAAGGUUAGCUACAACAGCCGUCUAGGGAGUCUCCUGCUUUAAGAUGGCGGCUGUUUACUUAGGCU